CUUCCCGGCAGCAUGCAGGGUCUCCUCUUUUCCAGCCUGCUCUUUACUGGACUGCCACAGCUCUGCUGCAGGGCAUGGGACACUGGGCCAUCAGACACGACCCCCGAGGGAGGGCUUGGAGAAGCCUCAGAGGUGCAUCAACGCAAACAGCUCUGUCACUGGCCUUGCAAAUGUCUUCAUCAGAAGCCCACUUGUCCUCCUGGAGUGAGCUUAGUGAGGGAUGGCUGUGGAUGCUGCAAAAUCUGUGCCAAGCAACCAGGAGACACCUGCAAUGAAGCUGACCUCUGCGACCCCCACAAAGGGCUGUACUGUGACUACUCUGCAGACACGCCUAGGUACGAGACUGGAGUGUGUGCAUAUCUUGUGGCUGUUGGAUGUGAGUUCAACAGGGUCUAUUAUCAUAAUGGCCAAGUGUUUCAGCCCCAUCCCCUGUUCAGCUGCCUCUGUGUGAGCGGGGUGAUUGGAUGCACACCCCUGUUCAUACCCAAGCUGGCUGGCAGCAACUGCUCUGCAGCAGAAGAUGGAAGGAAGUCUGAUCAGUCCAACUGUGACCUGGGACCACUGCAACAACAGCGCUCCUCGAGCUACAAAACCAUGCCAGCUUACAGGAAUCUCCCACUUACUUGGAAAAAAAAAUGUCUUGUGCAAGCAACAAAGUGGACUCCAUGUUCUAGAACGUGUGGAAUGGGAAUAUCUAACAGGGUGACCAAUGACAAUGGCAACUGUGAAAUGAGAAGGGAGAGGAGACUGUGCUAUAUUCAGCCCUGCAACAGUAAUGUAUCAAGGACAGUGGAGAUCCCCAAAGGAAAAACAUGUCAACCUACUUUCCAACUCUCUAAAGCCGAAAAGUUUGUUUUUUCUGGAUGCUCAAGUACUCAGAGUUACAAACCUACCUUUUGUGGAAUAUGUCUGGAUAAGAGAUGCUGCAUCCCCAACAAGUCUAAAAUGAUCACCGUUCAAUUUGACUGUCCAAACGAAGGGUCAUUUAAGUGGAAGAUGCUCUGGAUUACAUCCUGUGUAUGUCAGAGAAACUGCAGAGAACCUGGAGAUGUAUUUUCUGAGCUCAAGAUUCUAUAAAGCCAAACAGAUGGGGGCAAAGUUAAAGUUAAGUCAAUCAUGUCAUAUAACCAAAAAA